GGCGGCACCUAUGGGAGGCCUGUAAUCUGCCAGCAACCUAUGACAAAAUGGAAAACCGCAGGAGUGUGAGGAGACCUCAAAGUGGCACAUGGCAGAGUGGGAAGCAAUGGGAGGCCGUACAGGGACCCAGGUCACACUGUGGGACCAGCAGCAGCGUGACCAGGCGGUACGGGGGCCCAUGGCCGAUUUGGGGCCUGGCGGCACCUAUGGAAGGGCCUGUAAUCUGCCAGCAACCUAUGACAAAAUGGAAAACCGCAGGAGUGUGAGGAGACCUCAAAGUGGCACAUGGCAGAGUGGGAGCAAUGGGAGGCCGUACAGGGACCCAGGUCACACUGUGGGACCAGCA